UGUGUGUUUGUGUGUUCGCAGGCUCUUCAGUCUGACUCUGAAGAAGCUGGUGAUGCUGAAGGAGCUGGAUAAAGACCUGACGUCUGUGGUCAUCGCUGUCAAACUACAGGGCUCAAAGCGAAUCCUUCGCUCCAAUGAGAUCCAGUUACCGUCGAGCGGACAAACAGAGACAGACCUGCAGCUCACCUUCUCCUUACAGUAUCCGCACUUCCUGAAACGAGACGCCAACAAGCUGCAGAUCAUGUUGCAGAGGAGGAAGAGAUACAAGAACAGAACCAUCCUGGGCUACAAGACACUGGCGCUCGGCCUCAUCAACAUGGCAGAGGUGAUGCAGCACCCCACGGAGGGCGCUCAGGUUCUGGCUCUGCACAGUCAGCUGAAGGAGGUGUCGCUGCCGGUGGCCGAGAUCAGGGUUUACUCUCUGUCCAGCCAGCCCAUCGACCACGAGGGGCCCAAAGCCAAGAUGAACGAUCGUUCUCCAGACAUUGACAACUACUCUGAGGAGGAGGAGGAGAGUUACUCUUCAGAGCAGGAGGGCAGCGAUGACCCUGUACACCAUUAUCUGGACGAUGAAGAGGAUGAAGUGAGGAAGAAGAAGCCCAGACGCAAACUUACCUCCAAUGCCUCCAUCACUCGACAACCCAACAUCAAGCAGAAGUUUGUGGCUCUGCUGAAGAGAUUUAAGGUGUCAGAUGAGGUGGGCUUCGGGCUGGAGCACGUGUCCCGUGAGCAGAUCCAGGAGGUAGAGGAGGAUCUGGACGAGCUUUACCAGAGUCUGGAUAUGUACAAUCCCAGCGACAGCGGGCCGGAGAUGGAGGAGACCGACAGCAUCCUGAGCACUCCAAAACCCAAACUCAGGCCGUUCUUCGAGGGUAUGUCUCAGUCCAGCUCUCAGACAGAGAUCGGCAGCUUGAACAGUAAAGGCAGCGUGAGCAGAGACCCCUUCAGCCCUGGAGAGCAGCCGCCGUCAGACAAACUCAAACACUCGCGCAGCAGAAACCUGGACGAGCCGCUGUCUGAAACCGACACACUGGAACUGAAUGAUCAGGAUCUGUUCACUGAAGUUGGUCCCAGUAUUACAGUUUCAGUGGCUGAAAAGCCACGAACACCAUUGAAAACCAGCAAGAACGAGAUCCAGUCCAUGCCGUCGCCCAGGCUGGAUGGAGCACACACUCCUCGUAAACGCAACACUCCUGUGAAAGAUCGGCAACUCUCCAAACCUCUGAAUGAACGAACCAACAGCUCGGACAGCGAAAGAUCUCCUGAACUCGGACACAGCACACAGCUGUAACUGUAACUCGUCGAUGCCGCGGCCGGUGAAGGUGGCAGUGGUCGGGGGUCAGAGUUAUCUGGGGUCAGUGCUGCAGUUCUUCGUCACUCAACUCGCCAAUAAAACCUCCGACUGGCUCAAUCACAUCCGCUUCCUGGUCGUGCCUCUGGGUUCUCAUCCAGUUGCUAAGCACCUGGGUGCCCUUGACAACCGAUACAGCGCAGCCUUUCUGGACGGAGCCUGGAGAGACCUGUUCAACCGCUCAGAGCCGCCACAGACAG